AUGAAUUAUAACCAUCACUAAAUCGUAGAAAAAUGGAUGAAGCGAUUUCGACAAUGCUUAAACUUCUGCUAUGGAAGUGAUUCAUAGAUGAUAACCAUGGAAUUACACAAGGGUAAUGUACAACUACUGAGUGUACCAUAAAAUAAAAAUAUAUUCAACACAAGAAAAUAUAGAGUAAAGAUUACCUGUUAUUGUUAGUUAUAUAACUUUUUACCUAAAACUUUAUACAUAGCAUUAUAAAGAUUUGGGAAUAUCUAUCUUUUAGGGAUUUCCUUAAUUAUGUUGAUUGAUCCAUCAUUGUCACCAUUUUAUAGAUGGAUUACUAUUUUCCCUGUUGGAUUGAGUGUGAUAUUUUAUGUCUUAAUGGAAUUUAUACUUGACAUACGUAGACAGAGUCAUGAUCAUAAGAUAAAUAUGUAAACAACAUCGAGAGGUGCCAAAGAUGGUUCUUUAGAAACUAUUAAAUGGAGUGAUAUCCAAAUCGGUGAUGUUCUCUAUCUCAUAAAAGGUGACAUUGUACCUGCAGAUAUGAUUUUAUUAGACUCAGGAUAAGUUAGAGAUAGAGAAGCUAUUUGUAUGGUUGAUACUUAAUAUUAUGAUGGUAAGUCUACUCUAACAAAAAAGAAAUCAUCAUAUUUGACUUAAUUGAUUGUUUUAAGAACUAGACUUAAGAAUUAAUAUCCAGAAUACAGAAAAAUGUUGACUGGAAAACUUGAAUAUGAAGCUCCUAAUGGAUAUACUUAAAGAUUUCAUGGAAGAUUAAAAUUAAAAAAGGAUCCAAAAAAUGAAGAGUUAACUAUUGAUAAUUUCAUUCCUAAAGGUACUAAAAUCAAAUAGACAUCUUGGUUAUUUGGUUUAGUUGUCUAUGUUGGUGAAAAUACUAAAACUAUGUAAAGUAGUCAUUAUAAUGCCUAAAAACAUAGUUUUGAUGAAAAAUAAUGUAACUUUUAUUCAUUUCUUAUGGCUUGUUUAUCACUCUUUUUUACAUUAAUAUCCAUCAUUGUACUAUUAGCCAGAUCUGAUGAAGAUAAUUAUGCAUUACUAAUUGAUGACUAUACUACUAAUGGUAUGAAAGUUUUCUAAUUGGCUAUUUUAUAUGCAUAACUAAUUCCAUCAACUCUAUAUUUAUUAUUAGAUUUUGUAAAUUUUAUUUCGUUAUUUAAAUAUGAGAUUAAUUUAAUAGAAGAUAAUAUCAUUAAAUAUGUGAAAAUUAAUACAUCAAAUAAUCUUAGUGAUUUAGGACAUGUUGAUUAUAUGCUUAUAGACAAAACAGGUACUUUGACUACGUCUUAUUAUAAAUUGGAUAAUUUAUUAUUUGGUUCUUUAUCUUUUACAUUGAAUUAUGAUUAAUUGCAAACAACUUUAAAUUAAAAAUCUGUUAAACAUGAAGAUAAUGAUGAUCCAAUUAAAUUUGCUAGUAUCAAUGAUAAUAAUGAAUAUUUAAUUCCAUUUGAAUAUGAUAAAAAAAGUAGUCAUACAGAUGUUUAACCAAGCGGUAAGUUACUCUUAAAAAGUGUUAAAACUUCUAAUAACAAUCCAAUAUUUAGUUAGAUUACUGCUGUACCUUAAAAUAAGAGAAUGACAAUGUUAAACAUGAUGGAAAAUUCAGUUUAAUAACCUUUGCCUGAUUAUUUAUAAACUAAAAUAUUUUUACCAUAACCAAAAGCAAGAAAUGGACCUGGAAAUAAUAAUGAUGAGUUUAUUUAAUUAGUCAAUCAAUUAAGAAGUAGUUCACCAUAAAAGGAAUAUUUAUAAACUGAAGAUAUAAAUACAUUGUAUUAUGAUGCUUUUUUGAAAUGUUUGAUGUUAUGUCAUGAGGCUAGAUUAGUAUUUGGUGCAGAUUCUAUUACAUAUGAAUCAUUUUCAAAGAAUGAAGAGAUUUCAUUAACAUUUGCUCGUUCUUGUGGUUAUUCAUUAGAAAAUUUUAAUAAAUUUGAUAGUCCAGAUAUGUAUUUAUGUAAGGUGAGAGGAAAUUCAACAUGGUAUUAGGUUUUAGGAUUGAAUUUAUUUACAUACACAAGAAAUUUGAAUUCAGUUGUAAUUUAGGCACCAAUGACAAUGGAUUUAGAAUUGAAAUAAAAAUAUGAAGCAUUAAAUUAAUUAUGUGGAGAGGGAUCUAAAAAUAAUUCAUUGUUAAUUUGCAAAGGAGAUUAUGAAGCAAUAAAAAGCAAAUUAUAAUUAAAUCAUAAAGAAAGAGAAGAAUUAGACUCUUAUAUUUAACAUUAUAAAUAGAGAGGGAUUAGAAUGAUAAUUUAUGCAACAAGAGUAUUGAGUGAGAGAGAAACUGAGAGUUAUAAAUAAUAAUUUAAUUUAUUACAUAGCUCUUUAACAAAUCAAGAUAUAUUACUUGAGUAAUUAGCAUUAGAAUAUGAAAAAGAGUUAAACAUAUUGGGUAUGAUAGGAUUUAAAGAAGAAUUAAAAAAUGAUGCUUUAGAUUUUAUAAAAACAGUUAAGGAUUGUAAUAUUCAUAUUUGGUUAUUGAGUGGAGAUUAGGAAGUAUAAACAAUAAGUUGUGCAUAAUCUUUAGAAAUGACAGAGACAUCUAAAUAUUUAAGGAUUGUAGCAACUGAUAAGGAAUAGAUAUGGUUGUAAAUUAAUACAGCAAUUGGAUAGAUUUAGAGUGAAUUAUAAAAGAUAUAAGAGAAAUAAUAAGAUAAACAUAUUAAUGAAAAUAUAUUAAAUAGAAGUAUGAUAAAAUCAAGUGUUACACUUUUUGAAGGUGCUUCUUUUUAAUAAGUGCUACAAUUUGUUUUAGUUGUAAAUGGUUAUUCUCUGUCAUUGAUAAGGGAAUCUGCAGAUUUAAUGAGUCAUUUUAGAUUCUUAUCUUGUGUAUGUAAGAAUGUAAUAGGAUUUAAUAUGAAUCCUUAAUAAAAGGAAUUAGCAUGUAUGAUUAUUCGUAAUUACUUUCCAAAUAAUCCAACUGUACUUGGAGUCGGAGAUGGAUAUAAUGAUGCAUUAAUGAUGCAAGCUGCUAAUAUCAGUAUAGAAAUAAUAAAUAGUAAAAGAAAUCACAUUUAUCCUUAAGUUAAUGCUGGAGAUAUUAGUGUUAAUACACUAAAAGAAAUUAAAGUAUUACUCUUAUAAAAAUGUAAAUUACAUAGUGAACGAGUAUCAUCUAUGAUAAUUUAUUUAUUUUAUUGUGCUGGCUUUUUAGGAAUGACACUUUUCUUUUUUAAUUGGUUUUGUUAAUUUACAGCUACAUCAUUACAUGAUUCAAUGACAGUAUUUUUAUAUAUUUUUCUAUAUUCUACUCCUAAUGCUUUAGUAAUUGGAUUAGCUGAUAAAUAAACUGACCCUAUUGUUAAUGCAAGAUUUCCUGCUUUUUACAUUGAUGGAUAAAUUAAAACACGUAGAUUCUGGUUUUUUUAUUUAAUUGAAGGUUUUCUAGAGUCAUUCAUUUGUGCUGCUUAUAUAUUUUAUUGUUGUACUUACAUGGUCAAUUAUGCAUGGACAAAUGAUGGCUAUUAAUCUGAUAUUUAAAUGGUAGCAACAUCUAUUAUAUAUUUACUUAUUACUGUAUCUAGUUUUAAAGUAUUAUUUAGACUUAUUUAAAAUAAUGUCAAUUUUGUGGUGGUAACUUUUUUAUUAACAUUUGGUUUAUUGGUUGGAUUUGUUUUUAUUAAUUAUAGAGGAAAUUUUAGUAAUUUUGAUUAUUAGGAAUUGACUUAUUAAUUAUUUACAAGAUUCAAUAGCAUAGUUGCUAUAAUAUUUGGUCUUAUUGGUUGUUAUUUUAUCAAUUACUUUUUACAUGAUUUUAUAAAAUUGAUUUAUUUUCCAAAUGCUUAUUAAUAGUUUGCAUUUUAGAAUAAAAGUGGUCAAGAAUGGGAAAUAAUAUCUAACAAAGAGAUUAUACAACAAUGUGUUGAGCAACAUGUGUAAAUAUUAUUAUUUAUUAAAUAAUAGUAAUGUUUCAUCAAUUAUUUAGAGAGUGUUCAUUGAUUGUUCAGCUACUUCCCCUUAUAUUUAAGAAAUGUUGAAUCCUGGGGAUACGAAGGUAACAGAAAUGAAAUUAAAACCUUUAACACUAGAAAUGAAAGAAUUAGUUUUGGAAUAAAAGUUCUUAGCUCAUAAAUUAAAUCAAUCAUUAAAACAUUUGAGACUAUUUUUAUGCAUUUUGUUAUUAUACUUUAUUGCAUACUGUUUGACAGAUUUCUUUUUGAGUGAUUUAAGAGUGUUUACAGGAGCUUAUUAUUUAGUUGUAUUUGGAAUAAUGUUUAUCAUAACACUGUUUUCUUGUAGUUUGAAAAUGGAAGAAUAAUAUUAUACAUAUUCACACAUGAUUAUACUGAUAAUAUUUGCUAUAAAAGUAGCAAUAGAUUGGUUAUCAGACGAUCUAACUAUAACAUUAUCAGCCACUUUAGUGAUAUAGUUUAGUACAUUUAAUUCAAUGAAUAUGAGUGUGAUACCAAUAAUGUUAUACAACAUAUGUUAUUUGAUUUAAUUAAUAGUAAGAAUAUUAAUCGUUGUUAUUUCAAAAGAUCUGAGUACUUCAAAUGGUACCUAUUCUUAGAGUAGAGUAUCUGUAUAUGCAGCUAGUACUCAAAUUUUAUUGGUUGUUAGUAUUACGAUAAGAUUUUUAUUCAGUUAUUAUAAAUCUAUAAAGCAUAGAAGAAAUGAUUAUUUGGCAAAAUAUUCAAUAGAAUAAGAUAAUGUAGCUGCUUAGGAUAUUUUAAGUAUUUUAGUACCUAGAUUUGUAAGACAAUAAAUAUCUACAGGAAUAUAUUCAAUGUAAUAGGCUUAAGAUGAUGUUUCUAUAUUGUUCGCUUAUAUAUGUGAUUUUGAUACAAUAAUGAAGGAAGAAGGGAAGAAUGUCGUAUUAAUGUUGGAUUCAUUGUUUAGAUUAUAUGAUAAUUUAUGUAUUUAACAUGGAGUAUAAAAAAUUGAAACUGUGGGAUAUACUUAUAUGGCAGCAACAGGGAUUAAGGCAUGUGAAUAAAAUAUGACUUCUCAUGUAACAAGAAUAGAAAAAACUAUGAGAUUAGUUAAUAUGGCUUUUGAUAUGAUGUAAUAGGUUUAAGGUAGAAAGUAUGGAAAAGGUAAUUAAAUAGAAAUGAAAAUUGGAAUUCAUGUUGGACGUGUUAUUGCAGGUGUUAUUGGUCAUCAUAAACCUUAAUUUUCAUUAAUUGGAGAUCCUGUUAAUUAGACAAGUCGUGUUGGUUCUACUGGAGAUACUGGAGCAAUUACACUUAGUGAAUAGGCUUUUAAAUAGGCUAGACAUGGAAUUAAAUAUUAUUAGAAGAAAUAGAAGGAAGCAAAGGGUUUAGGAAUUAUAGAUACAUAUUAAGUAUUCAAAACUAAACCAAUUGGUUAUUAAAUACCAAAGGCAUUUUAAUUAUGGUAGAAUUGCACAAAAGUUGUUGUUAAAGAUUUAAGAUAACAUAGAAGCUCACGUUAAAUAGAAACAAAAAAGAAAGGUUAAUUCUUAUCCUAACUUCACCAAUCCAUUAACCAAGAUAAUAAUAUGAAAUAAUCAAAUAAACUUGAUGUCUCUCCUAAAGGACAGUAGACAGUUCAAUUUUUAUUACCUUAAGGUUCUGCUUAAGAGGAAAAUAGGUCUAGAUUAACUAUUCAACAACAAUAAUCAGAAUAAGUGGUAACAGAAGAUUCAGUUUUGAUAACUAAUGAAUAAGAAGAAAAAGAACUAGAAUUAAUCAAACCAAAUGUUAUUUUAGAUAUACCAGAAAAUGAAAUUAAAUAAAACUUCAAUUAAAUUCUUAAAGAGCAAAACGUAGAUGAAUCUAGAGUGGGAAUGAUAUUUUUAUGGAUCACUUAUUUUGUAAUUACCCUUUUAUCAAUAAUAGUUCGUAAAUUAUUCGAUCACGAUUUGUUAAUCUUUGUUUUGAGAGUAUUAAUAAAAUUAUAAUUAGGCCAUCUUCCUCAUAAUAUCAUUCGUACUAUUUCCAAUUCUGUCAAAAGCCUAUAGAAAUCGAAUAGUAAAUGCUAUGUAUUACAUUUUAUUAAUAUAUGCAAUCUUCACAGUACUAUUUUAGGCAUAUUUAACUAAUAAUCAAGAAGUAGCAAUAAUUUGUUUAUUGGAAAUCUUAUACAUAAUGAUUGUGUCUUGUUAAAUGAAAAUGUUUUCUUUUCAAUAAAUGAUAUUAUACAUGAUGAUAAUGAUUGGAUUAUUUUUAGGGUUUUACAUUUCAACUGAUUUGAUAACACAUUAUGCAAUAUUUUAUAUAUGUUGCUGUAUGUUGAUAUUAUUGUUAGGAUAUUAUUUAGCAAUGAGUGAAUAAAUUUAGAUGUUUAAUAACUUAUAAAUAAAUGAAGAAAAGAAAGUGAAAUAAAUAAAUUUAGUGAGUCAAUUAUUACCAAUGCAUUCAUAUUUAAAAAUGAAGAAUAGUUCUAUAUAUGAUAAAAGUGAUUUUAUAGAUGAAUUUGAUGAUGUGACUUUAUUAUUUGCUGAUAUAAAAGGUUUUACUGAAUACUCACAUACUUAAACUCCUGAAGGUGUAGUAACAAUGUUGAGAAAUCUCUUUACAGAAUUUGAUAAACUUUGUUAAAGAUAUAAUGUUUAUAAAAUGUAUACAAUUGGUGAUUGUUAUGUUGUAAUGGGUUUUACAAACAGUGCUAAAAGAAAUGUAUAAUUUUAUAUUCAUAAAUAUUUUUAGCCUAUAUAAGAAGCAAUUAAUACAGUAAAAAUGGGAUUCUAGAUGGUUGACAUAAUCAUGUAAGUAAGAUAGAAAAUAAAAUUUGAUAAAUUGAAUAUGAGAAUUGGUAUACAUACUGGAUAAGUUACUGGAGGUAUAAUAGGAACUGAUAUUGUGAGAUAUGAUAUUUAUGGAAAAGAUGUUUCAAUUGCUAAUAAGAUGGAAAGUAGCGGAGUUGAAGGAAGAGUAUAAGUUUCAGAAACCACUAAAUUAAUGAUUGAACGAGCUGAAAAACAUGCUUUCAACUUUAAAUUUCAUCAUGUAUAUUAUUAAUCUCUAAUCUAUUUAGGAUGUUGAAUUGAAUAAAUUUAAUAUGAAUAUUAAAGGAUUCCUAGUAGAAUGGGAUAAAAGAAGAGAAGAAGCUAGUCUAGAUUAAUACAAAUCACCAAGUCGCCAUUAAUGA